UUGGCCGUUUGUUGGUGCAGAGCUUCUUGACUGCGGCGCCUCGCUCUCGCUCCUGUGAUCAAGCUUAACCUGCGUCUUGACCAAAAGUGAUCUUGAACCUUCCAUUAACCCGAACUUAAUACUCACCGUCGUUCAAUUCGCCGAAACUUGAAAAGGGGCAAAAUAUAUCUUUCCUCAAAUGGCAGGCUGCCUGAGGGAGGUGUAGUACACUAAUAAACGCCUCACGAGUGAUUUAAGCGGCCAUUGCGAGUGAGGAUUGGUGGCUCGGGCAACCAGGCUGGAGAAGCCUCCAUGUGUGCGGCUCUGCCCUCUGGUGACAGCGGCCAGAACUACCCUGCCCGCCAAAAUACCCACCUAAUUCGCCAACACAGCCAACCUGCCCGCCAAAACGGCCGACACACUAACCAAAAUGACCAGCUAUAGCUACACGUCUCAACAGGAUCAAUGGAAGGAGAACAAUAAUAACACAGCCAUUGGCAACAUGUCGGCGUUCUGUGCCAGUUCAGCCUCGGUGCCGGCCUCCAUCAGGGACCUGUACUCCCGGACCAGCCUCUCUACCUCGUCGUCGCCCUCUGCUGCCUCGCCCACCUCGCCGCUCGACCUCACCCGGUACUCCCUACCCUCCCUUCGGCAGUACGAGCUGGCCCAACAAAUGGUCUCCCAGCAGGGAGCCGUCAGUAAGCUCCUUGGGUCGCUGCGGCCUCCUGGCAUGAUCGGGGGCUCGAAGCCGAAGGUGGCGACGCCGCAGGUGGUGAACAAGAUCGAGCAGUACAAGCGGGAGAACCCCACCAUCUUCGCCUGGGAGAUCAGGGAGAAGCUCAUCUCCGAGAGCGUCUGUACCAACUCCACCGCCCCCUCCGUGUCCUCCAUCAACAGGAUCCUCAGGAACCGGGCAGCAGAGCGAGCGGCGGCAGACUUCGCGCGGGCUGCUGGCUACGGCCUCUACAACCCCUACGCCUUCCCUUGGGCCAACCCGGCGCUCCUCUCCCCCCUCGCCGCCUCCCUUCCCCUCCACGCCGCCGCCGCUGAACACGUCGCUCACAACGCCGCCGCCGCCGCUGCCGCCAAGGACUCCUCCGCCGCCUCCGGCAAUCACUCCGACGGUGAAGGCUCGCCCUCGUACAAGCACUCAGGCUCCCAGGCCUCCCUCUCCUCGUCUGAGCUGAGCUCUCCGUCCCAGUUGGCCAGUGAGGUCAGAUUCAGACGCAACCGAACCACCUUCAGUUCAGACCAGCUGGAGGAGCUGGAGAAGGAGUUCGAGAAGACCCACUACCCAGAUCUGCCCACCAGAGAGCGACUGGCGGAGAAGACACUACUGUCCGAGGCAAGGGUCCAGGUGUGGUUUUCCAACAGACGGGCCAAGUGGAGACGACACCAGCAGCUGAGUGUCCUCCGUCCCUACUGCGACGACCCGCUCCCUCACUCUCCCAGGACGACCUCGCCCUACUCAGAAGCCGUUUCCAGCCCGGAUAUGGCGGGCUCUCCCUCCCCGCCUCCUCCAGCACCCUCCUCCUCCACCACUACUCUCCCUACCACAGCCUCCACCACCACCACCACCGCAGCAGCAGCAGCAACAGCAGCAGCAACAGCAGCAGCCUCCAACACAGCCGCAGGUACCACCCGUGGCGGGCCGCUGGAGGGGCGGUCGUCACCAUACAGGGCUGCCUCGACCUCUCCAACACUCCUCCAUCACCUGCCUUCUCCCCAUCGCCAACAUCCGCCUUCACCCGUAUCUGCCGCCGCCCUCAACCUGUCCACCCACCACCACCACCACCACCAGCCCCACCCUCUCGCCCACUUCCACCCGAGCCCGCCCACAAGCUCCAGCAGGAUGUCGAGCCGCCCACCUCCCCCGCCCUUACUGCCCGCCAGCCUGCUCUCACUCCCGCAGUACCCGGGCUUCUCCCUCGGGCGUGACCUAACUCUCACGCCCAUAAACCUCUCUAACGCCCAAGCACACGCCCGGGAGAUGAUGGUCGCCCACGCCCGCUGCUUCCUCAAGUCUGCCAGCCAGGCGGGUGGCUUCAGCUGCGGCAGAGACGACGCAGACACUCAUAUUGAUGUGGAUCUCGUGCAUAAGAAGGAGGAGGAGGAAGACGAAGAGAAAGAUGAGGAAGAGGAAGAGGAGGAUCCAAAGGAAGAAUAUGAAGAAGCGCAGGACCUCAGCGUGAAAAGGAGGAGGAUAGAUACCGAGGAUGACAAGGAGGAACAGAAGGUGGAAGACAAGGAGGAGGAGGAGGCGAGCAAGGAAGAAAGUAUGGAAGCUGCUUAGGACGCUUCCCAUCUUAGCUGACACUUCAAGUGGACGGGAAGAAGAGUCCGUUCGGUAGGGUGGAGGAGCCAAGGGAGUGACUGAGUCAACCACUCUCUCUCCACUACAGUGUUCCCGAACAUUCCACUUCAUUACUGUCGGAAUUUUAUCAAAUUGUUCAAGAAGACAAGGCCGUCCCGCCUCUUGCUCUCCUCUUCUGCGACUCAUCAUUGACCAUCAGCUUAUGAUAACCAUGCAAGAGCCGAGUUCAUGCUGUAACUUGCACCUUUCCCACGCUAGACCAACUUGCAGCAUUCCUAGUUCUUGCCACUUACUUCCAACUCAAGUCAAGUCACAAAACUUUAGAAAUAUGUCAUAAAACAAUUGACCCAGAGAAGCUUGUAUUAGGCAUAACAUUUCAAGUCAGACAGCCAGGACAUUAAUGGCAAAUGCUCACUAACUAUAGAAAAUUAUCAUUUCAUAACCAAAUGGUUUGAUAUUAAUCAUUUAGAUAAAACUUACGUUUUAUAUAUCAUUCAAGGAACCACGUCCGAAGGAUCCCUACCUGGGUGAAGAUCAAUCACAGUUGUCUGUCCUAGUGAAUCUAGUGACUUCAGCAAGGGUGCUUAUAUUGCUUGUUACUCACCUUCGUGUCUUAAAAAUGUCAACAGGAAACUUUAAAAGCAAGAACUGAAUAGUUCGAAAAUUAAGUAUUUGGCUUUUGCGGAUCUCACUAAGGAUACCACUAGAGUUCAACAACUCACUAAUCACUGACGUAUGUGUCUGAAAAGAGACAAUGAGUUACACAUUUUGUCAAAUCCGAUAAGCUGGCCAGCAGUAGUGCUGAUGCAUCUCUUGAUGUAUUCGUAUGCUCUCCAACGAAUAAUGUUUUCCUAAUGCAUAGUCAAGUUUACAAUGU